GUAAUCAUCGCCGUCGCCCCGUCCUCGGCGCCGGGCGGUUCUUGUGCCUGCGUCUUCCGGCUGUAGAGAGCGGCCGUGGGAGCGGACCACAAUGAACGUGGAACAUGAAAUUAGCCUCUUAGUUGAGGAGAUUCGGCGGCUGGGGACCAAAAAUGCCGAUGGACAAGUGAGCGUGAAAUUUGGUGUGCUCUUCUCUGAUGAAAAGUGUGCCAACCUCUUUGAAGCCCUAGUGGGAACUCUUAAGGCUGCAAAACGACGAAAGAUUGUCACUUAUCAAGGAGAGCUGCUUUUACAAGGUGUUCAUGACAAUGUUGAUAUCAUGCUACUGCAAGACUGAUGCAGUGUGCAUUUCAGCAGUGUUAAUUGUAUUGUUGGAGACGGCGACUUCCAACAUCCUCUGAAUCAGACUGAUCAUUCUUAUGUGUUUUGAUGCAUUUUGUAUAUCUUUAUAGUUGAAAGGAAAUUUUCCUAUUUUGGAAGAACAUUCCCUUUUGUGAUUCUUCCUAAAACAGUACUGUACAUGAUCAAGGUAAAAAGAUGCCAGUUCUUUUUAUUUUUUUUUUUUUAAAUCUCAGGUAAUACUUUUUAAUGGUGGUUAUUUUCAACAUAUGAAGAAUGGAACUGGUAUUUUAAUGUUUACAAAUCAAAACGUGCCAUGAAAGUAAAAAAUAAAGGAACACACAUCAGUUCAUAUAA